UUUUUUUCUACAUAUUUGCCAGAGUAAUACUUCAUUUGACAACUGUAAAUAUAUUGAAUCUUAGUCAUUUUGUUGUUAUUUGCUAUUCUAUGACAUUUUACCUGCUAAUGUGUUGCGUGUGUUUUUUUCUACAUAAUUCAGGUUGCUUUAUUUUGCUAAAAAAUAAUAAUAAUAAUAUUUUUUACUUUAUAUUUAAUAUUUAAUUGUGUGCUUUUUGUCGACAUAUCUAGAAUGUGAUCCAAACUCGAUUUUAACAUUGAGUUAAAGGUUGAAAAAAAAGCUUCAACUACGAGAAUGAUCUGUUGUAAGAUUUUUGUUUUUUUAUUAACACUAAUUUUAGCAUGCUUUAUAUAGUUAACACUGAUCACCUAUUUAGUUAUUAACUCACACUAAUCAAUUUAUUUGUUUAUUUACUAUUAUGAUUUUUUUUGUUUUGUUAUUUAGGUUACUAAUCCAAUAUUUCCUAAAAGUCGAAAUACUUAUACGAUCAAUCUAUUAACUCCAAAGAAUUCUGUAAUACCUGAUAAUCAUAAUCAAUCAUCCCCCGAACUAAUCCGUCUUGCUCCUAUAUCAUCAUCAUCGUAA